AUGGCAGACGGAAAUACGCAAUCAAGAUAUGUGAGAUUGACGAAAGCUGAUCAAGCGCCAUUGGAGGAUAUCACCCCUGGAGAGCUCAAUCAACCUAUCCAAGUCCCUCAGUUGAUUGUUCAUAGAUGUGAGGAAUGUGGGCAGCCGCUGCCGGAAAGUUAUCAGCCACCAGCCGAUGAAGAUUGGACUACUGGCAUUUGUGGUUGCCUUGAAGAUACUAAGACUUGUUGGAGAGGGAUGUUGUGUCCUUGUGUGUUAUUUGGGGAAAAUGUAGAGACAUUGAGAGAAGAAAUUCCAUGGCAAAAUGCAUGUGUUUGUCAUGCAAUGUGUGUAGAAGGAGGAAUGGCAGUGGCAGCUGCAACAGCACUUUUCCAUGGCAUUGAUCCCCAAACUUCUUUCUUGAUUUCUGAAACUCUCUUGUUUGCUUGGUGGAUGUGUGGCAUUUAUACUGGUUUAUUUCGCCAAUCGUUACAGAAAAAAUAUCAUCUCAAGAACUCACCAUGUGACCCAUGUUUGGUGCAUUGCUGCAUGCAUUGGUGUGCUCUUUGUCAAGAGAAUAGAGAGAUGAGGAACCAUCUUUCUGAUAAUGUUACCAUGCAAAUGACUGUUAUCAAUCCUCCUGCCCUUCAAGAGAUGAACACCAACAACGACGAUGAAUAUGCACCCUCUUCCUCGUCCAUGCCAUCUCAAGAACUCGCAAUCACACCGAUUUAG